AUGGCGGAGGACGGCCUGGCCGUGCGGAGGAAGAGCCGCCCCGGCGCCGCCCGCAAGCGGAGCCGCGCCGCGCCGCCGCCCGGCGCCGCCUGCUCGCCCCUGCCUCGCAAGAGACCCAGCCCCGGCGGCGAGGAGCCCCCGGCGGAGCUGCCGCACAGCAAUGACAGUGAGGAGGAUCUCUUUGGUGACUACGAUGGCUCCUGUGGCAGCCACUCUUGGCUGGCACGAGGGGAUGACCUCGGGCACAAGUCCCUGCAGGAUAAGGGUGAGGGCUUUCAGGCAGCUGAAGACAUCCUCCUUCAGCCAGGAACUGAGCAGGAAGAUCAUCCCUGUGCCCCAGAAACCCCUGCAGGCCUUGGGGCUGGCCAGGAGGAUGCUUUGGAGCUGGGGGAAGGUGCCCUGCCGGCUGGCAGGCAGGAGGCCUCUGAAGCUGCUUUGGAUGAUCUGCCAUCGUCCCAGCUUUUGUAUUUUGAGCAGCUCAAGGAGCCUCCUCCUGCUCCUGGAGCACCUCCAGCCCCAGGCAGGAGGAGCAAGUGUGGCAGUCCUUCCUUGGCCAAAACCAGGACUCCAUCCUCCUCUUCUUGUCCUGCUGCCGAAGACAGGAGCCAGCCUCCUGCCUUGCCCUCGGACUCCAAGGGUGGCUCAGUUAACACUGAGAGCCUCCAAGCCCACCUGAAAAGUGCCCUGAGUGGAAAUGCCAAGGCCCAGACUCUGCAGCCUUCCAAGACCAAGCAGCUGCAGGAGGCUGUGCUGUCCAAAGAGCUUUGUGUGGCCAGGAAAGCCUUCGAGGCUCCUUCUGCCGACCGGGGACCUUUCUAUGGCUUACCCAGCAGAGUGGAGGAGCUCUUCAGACAGCUGCGAGGCAUCCAAGCACUUUAUGCCUGGCAGCACCACUGCCUGACCUUGGAAUCCCUGCAGCAGAGAAGGAAUUUGAUCUACUCCUUGCCCACCAGUGGGGGCAAAACCCUUGUGGCUGAAGUCCUGCUGCUGCAGGAGCUGCUGUGCAGGCAGAAGGAUGUGCUGAUGAUCCUGCCCUAUGUUGCCAUCGUGCAGGAAAAGGUCAGGGGGCUAUCAAGCUUUGGGGUGGAGUUGGACUUCCUGGUUGAAGAAUAUGCAGGAAGCAAAGGAAGAUUCCCCCCCCUGCAGAGGAGGAGGAGGAAGUCUCUCUACAUAGCCACCAUAGAGAAAGGCCAUGCCCUGGUCAACUCCCUGAUUGAGGCAGGGAGGCUGCCUGAGCUGGGGCUGGUGGUGGUGGAUGAGCUGCACAUGCUGGGGGAGGGCACUCGAGGAGCAGCCCUGGAAAUGGCUCUGGCCAAGAUUCUCUACAGCAGCAAGGACACCCAGAUCGUCGGCAUGAGUGCGACCCUCAGCAACGUGGGCGAGCUGCAGAGCUUCCUGCGGGCGGAGUGCUACAGCAGCCACUUCCGGCCGGUGGAGUUAAAAGAAUAUGUGAAGGUUGGAGCCAGCAUCUACAGAGUGGACAGCCAGGCAGAAGGAGGCUUCACCUUUGCAAGGCUCCUCAGCUUCAAGUAUUCCAGCAGCCUGGAGAGAGCAGACCCUGACCACAUCCUUGCCCUGGUGACUGAGGUGAUCCCUCAGCACUCCUGCCUCAUCUUCUGCCCCACCAAGAAGAACUGUGAGAACGUGGCUGUGCUGGUCAGCAAGUACCUCAGCAGAGACUUCCGGGCUCACAGGGCGAGGGAGAAGGAGCAGCUGCUGCGGAGCCUGCGGGCCGCUGGCAGUGGCAGUGUGUGUCCUGUGCUGAAGCAGACCAUCCCCUGGGGCGUCGCUUACCACCACAGUGGCCUCACCAGCGACGAGAGGAGGAGCAUCGAGGAGGCCUACUCUGCAGGGGUGCUCUGCCUGCUGGCCUGCACAGCCACGCUGGCUGCUGGAGUCAACCUGCCAGCCAGGAGGGUCAUCCUCAGAGCCCCUUACGUGGGGAGGGACUUGCUGAAGCGGACUCAGUACAAGCAGAUGGUCGGCAGGGCCGGGCGGGCUGGCAUCGACUGCGCCGGCGAGAGCAUCCUCCUCCUGCAGGAGAAGGACAGGCACCUGGUUCAGGAGCUGGUUUCCAGUCCUUUGGAGAACUGUUACAGCAACCUGCUGCAGGAGCAGGCCAAGGGGCUGCAGAGCCUCCUGCUCUCCCUGGUGGGGCUGAAGAUAGCAGUGACCCCGGAGGAAAUCCACUCCUUCAUCAGGGGGACACUGCUGGGUGUGCAGCAGCAGCAGCUGCUGAAGGGGAAGAGCCUGGAGGAGAUCACUGAAGAGGGGCUGGAAAGCCUGGUGAAGGAAGGGCUGCUGCAGGAAAGCAGAUCUGAGAAGGAGCACAAGUCCCAGAGCCCCCUCAGAGUCACCCCCCUGGGCAGAGCUGCAUACAAAGGCUCCAUCGACCUGGCUCACUGCAGGCAGCUCUACAGGGAUCUGAGGAGGGGCCUGGAGGGGCUGCUGCUGGAGAGCAGCCUCCACCUCCUCUACCUGACCACCCCCUACGAGCUGGCUGCAGGCUGCAGCCCCGACUGGCUGAUCUACCUGCAGCAGCUCUCCCAGCUGAGUGCCGCCGAGCAGAGGCUGCUGCACAGCCUGGGGCUGCCUGAGAGCUUCAUCGCCAGGAAGGCCUCUGGGCAGGUGGUCAGCAAGGCCGUGGACACUGCUGUGGUCAACAGGCUCUACCUGACCCUUGUCCUCUACAGCCUGCUGAAGGAGACCAACCUCUGGAGUGUGGCAGAGAAGUUCAGCAUGUCCAGAGGCCAUGUGCAGAGCCUGCUCAGCUCUGCUGCCUCCUUUGCCUCCUGUGUCCUGCACUUCUGUGAGGAACUGGAUGAAUUCUGGGUGUACAAAGCCCUGCUGGCAGAGCUCACCAAGAAGCUGACCUACUGUGUGCAGCCAGAGCUCAUCCCCCUGAUGGAGGUGGCAGGGGUGCAGGAGGCUCGAGCCAAGCAGCUGCACAGGGCAGGCUACAGGACCCUGGCACACCUGGCUCAUGCCCAGCCUGCAGCCCUGGUGAGCAGGGUUGGGCUCCUGUCCCACAGGCAGGCCUGCCAGAUUGUCUCAUCUGCAAAGAUGCUGCUGAGUGAAAAAGCUGAGGCUCUGCAGGAGGAAGUUGAAGAGCUCCUGAAGGUCCCCACAGAUGCUCCAGGGAGCCCUCAGCCUGCAGGCAGCUCCUGAAGCCAGCCCUGGGGAUGUUUUAAUGGC